GAAAAUGAAAACACCCAAGGGAAGUACUACGUGUUGCUCCCUGACGGCCGACGUCUCGUGGUCGAGUACUACGUCGACAACACGGGCUAUCACCCCACCAUCGCUUUCGAGGGAGAGGCGCAGUUUCCCUCAGGGCCAUCUCGAGGGUCAGGUCAGGGCUAUGGCCAGGGUGGACCAGGGGCCAGCCAAGGCUUCGGACAGGGAGGCCCCGGGCAAAACAAGGGCUUCGGUCAGGGUUCAGGGUCGAGCCAGGGACAGUCACCUUCACCUUCCUACUUGCCUCCUUCUAAAUAAUCCAUACGACCAAAAGUAACAGGGAUUUCCUUGGAAUACAAGAGGAUACUGGAUCUUUCGAACACUAGUACAACAAAGCCUUAAAUCCCUUGUUUACGUAAUACGAAUGUCAAAUAGUCAUAAUGAUUUAUAUAAAACGUGU